AUGGUCCCCAAGUACUCAGAGGACAACAACGUCAAGCUCUACCUGUCAGCCCGGACCAAGCAUCUAGAGGAGAAAGCCAGGUGGAUUCAAAAUGGAAGCAGACCCGAGGGAUCUACCGCCGUAGACACAAACGCCCUUCUCCUCGCAAGUCUGGAGCAACGUCUUCGAGAAGAACAUGGCUACGACAAUGAUUCCAUAGCGAAGCUCAAAGACCACCAUCGCCUCGAGUACAAAGAGUCUCUCGCUCAUCGUCCUAUUGUGCAAGGGCCUGGACGUCCCCCUUCGAGCUCUGCACCGGAAGCACCGUCUGGAUUCGGCACAUUGUCCAAUGCUUCUGUUCGCAAGGCGGUCCUACAGACUCCUCCUAGUGGUAGACCGCUUCCUCUUCGCGAGCACCAUGAUGAAUCGGCCGCGACGCCUUCUGGGCAUGAUGGCAGUCUUUCCAAUGCACGUCCAUCUUCCGCACAGGCUUUCAGAAGACAGAUCCAACUUGAACAAGCUCGCCAUACACCCACCAGGUCCGCGAGACCUCGCAGGGUGUUAUCAGUUCCUGCUCGGAGCGGCCAGCGGCAGUCUUCGCUUGGGAAGAAUUCCCCAAAACGAGUCGACAACAUUCCAAAGAGCUUCGAAGAAGCUCCGAGCCCUGCUGCAACGAGUGAGCCACGGAGCUUCCGACUUGCAGAUUCUAGACCACAGCAUCCGGAAAUUCGUCAUGGAUCUGCUGAUGAUGACGAAGCUCCUGCUGAUUCAAACCGCACCAGCAUCCAGAGCAGUGCCUUCUAUGGACAGCAAAGUCCAGACUUUGGAUACCCGAACCUCUCUGGCAUUACGGACGUUCCUCAAGACCAGCUUUCAAACGAUGCAGACUUACAGGAUGAGGAUUUCCAGGAUAAGGACGAUGAGGGCGGUGACGAUGAGCAGACUGACGUUCAAGAGCACGAAGAGGACGAGGAGGAGAUUUUCGAUCUGCCUCUGCAGGAAAUCUUUGCCUCGAUUAUGGGCCCUUGCAACAUCACCUGCGACUUUGUUACGGACCAUUCGUGGAUACUGCCGGCACUGUUGGUGAUUCUUGGCCUCAGCAUCGUCCACUCGCUCCGCCCUGCUAUCGGUAUCGCUGCAGGAUGUACGAAUCAGUCAGCUUCACUGUCUUCCUUUGUCCAGGCCUAUAAGGACCUUCCCAUGACUCCCUUCACCGCGGCUCGACUGGCCACGUCUGCUCCAGACGCAGUGGCAGGAAUCUGUGCCUCGGACGACAUCAUCCACGGGUUUGUGACCAACACUGCACUCCUUGGCAGCAGCUAUCGCAACGCGAUGCUUGGUCGAAUCGACGAGCUCGGCUCUGGAUGUCCACAUCCGAAGCACGUUCAUGCCUUUGCUCUCAGCAGCGACGGCAGUAAGACCGCUCAUCGGAAGACCACGAGGCUGGAUGUUCCCUUGACGCAACAGUCGAAGCUGAUCGAGGACCUCAAGACUCUGGGUCAAAAAGUGAGAGAGCUGCAGGUCCUCGACGAUGAGAUGUGGAAGCUCAAAUUUGCCGAAGUGAAAGUCUGGCGUGGCUUUGAAAAGGAGUUUGUGGAGCCUCUCCUUCUUCGUCAACAACAGCAACAGCGGGACCAACACGAGGACGGCGAGAAAAUUCGAGAUGUGUUGCAGAUCAACUUUAUCCUUCGGUAUCUGCUUCAUACCUGUCGGGCUGCUGGACUUGAACAAGAAGGAGGCUUCAUCCGACGCUGGGUCUAUCAACUUGUCCUGGCCUCUCCACUUUUGCCCUCAACAGCCUCAAACGUUGCAAAAUGGGAAGAAGCGAACAUCAAGGCUUUCACCGCCUGGCAAUCUUUGAUUAGCGAGACGGUCAGAAUCUGGACCAAACGACAACAACUCAUCCGAAACGCGGAGACUGCCAGCCAAGAGUGUACCUUUCGCAAGAAAAGUGCCCUCAACACAUUGACGGGCAGCGGACAGUUCAAUCUAGCAGGCGACGCUAACGAGAAGAAUCCCAACGACGCAGCCCUUCGAGAGUAUUUCACCACGACAUUCCCGAAAGCUUGUAUCUCCCCGUUCUCGGACGACGAUCGGCAUCACUACGAGGACAAGAAAUGGGCAAUCGAGAUCGUCAAUCUUGAGAUGUAUGGCAGGCAAUACCAGGACUCCCUGUUGCGAUGUGGUGCCUUCGACCAAGUCGAGCUGGGUCACAACAAAGGUUUGAAGGGUAUUCUGGGGACGGCAAAGAUGGCGGAAGAGAUGCAGAUCAAGGAGAUAAGGAGGCGGACUGGGGAGAACAAGAGAUGGGGGGAUGUUUUGGGAAUUGGGAGGGAUUGA